UGCCACUGUCAAACGCCUCUCAGGGGGCUUCCGAGGCCCCACCCCUCCACCCAAGCCCCCGACCACCGGGCUCCCACCGGGUUCCUGGAACGCAAUCCAGCAGCGGAAAAACAGCCGCCGAACCCUAAGCGCGCCGUGGGGGAGGGGCCGUCUCGCCUAGUCACCUCGUCUCCGGCCCGGACCCUCCCCCAGUGCCUACGCGCUGGCCGCAAGCCCCGUCGGGAACAGCUGGACCCCCAAGAAGCUUUCGGGCUGCAGUGAGUGCGGAACUCCCCAGUUCCCGAUUCUGCGAAGGUGCAGGCACACGGGCCUGGGCCGGGGUGGGCAGAAGACACCUGCAGCCAGUGCUUCCGGGUCGAAGCCCAGCUCGAGGUCUCCCGAGUGCCGCGGGGCCCUCUGGGUAACGAGCCAAAAUCCCCACCCGCGCCUGAUUCCGGCGUCGUCCGCGAGGCUGACGGGCAGGCCUCCUAGCCAAUAGUAGCAAGGAGCCUCCGUGCCGCCCGUCGGUCGAACCAAUGACACGCGGCCGGGCAGGGAGAUCGCGGCUGUAGAACGUCGCGAGGAGCCGCCCUGCCGGGAAGGAGUCCGAAGAGGAGUCGGCGGCAUAAAAUGGCGGCAGCGACGGCGGCUGCGACCGCCGUGGCCGGAGCCCCGGGGCCCGCGGCCCCCGCAGCGGCCGCCGGGACCCCGGGCUCGGGGAACACUGCCCCGGGGUCGCAGGGAGUGCUGAUUGGGGACCGGCUGUACUCAGGGGUGCUCAUAACCUUGGAGAACUGCCUCCUGCCUGACGACAAGCUCCGCUUCACGCCGUCCAUGUCGAGUGGUCUCGACCCCGACACGGAGACCGACCUCCGCGUGGUGGGAUGUGAGCUCAUCCAGGCGGCCGGCAUCCUGCUCCGCCUGCCGCAGGUGGCUAUGGCUACCGGGCAGGUGUUGUUCCAGCGGUUCUUUUACACCAAGUCCUUUGUGAAGCAUUCCAUGGAGCACGUGUCGAUGGCCUGUGUUCACCUGGCCUCCAAAAUAGAAGAGGCUCCCAGACGCAUCCGGGACGUCAUGAACGUGUUUCAUCGCCUUCGGCAACUGAGAGAGAAAAAGAAACCUGUGCCCCUGGUGUUGGAUCAAGAGUACGUUAACUUAAAGAACCAAAUUAUAAAGGCAGAGAGACGGGUUCUCAAAGAGCUGGGUUUCUGUGUGCACGUGAAGCACCCUCACAAGAUAAUCGUUAUGUACCUUCAGGUGUUAGAGUGUGAGCGUAACCAGCACCUGGUCCAGACCUCAUGGAACUACAUGAAUGACAGCCUCCGCACAGACGUGUUUGUGAGGUUCCAGCCCGAGAGCAUCGCCUGCGCCUGCAUUUACCUCGCUGCCCGGACGCUGGAGAUCCCUUUGCCCAACCGUCCCCAUUGGUUUCUUUUGUUUGGAGCAACUGAAGAACAAAUUCAAGAAAUCUGCUUGAAGAUCCUGCAGCUCUACACUCGGAAGAAGGUGGCUGACCUGACGCAGCUGGAAGGCGAGGUGGAGGAGAGGAAGCGCGCCGUCGAGGAGGCGAGGGCGCAGGCCCGGGGCCUGCCGCUGGGCGGCCCCCCGGCCCUGGACGGCUCUGCGGGGCUCUCGCCUGCCCCCAAGCCCGCGGAAUCUCCCAAAGAAGGAAAAGGGAACAAGGCCUCCCCACUCUCUGCAAAGAAUGCCAAGAGGAAAACCGAGGGGGUGAAGAAAGCCAAGGCCGACAGCCCAGUGAACGGCUUGCCGAAGGCGCGCGGCAGUGGGAGUCGGAGCGGGAGCCGUGAGCAGAGCUACUCAAGGUCCCCGUCAAGAUCCGCUUCUCCCAAGAGGAGGAAAAGCGACAGUGGCUCGACAUCUGGAGGGUCCAAGUCCCACAGCCGUUCACGAAGCCGGAGUGACUCACCUCCAAGACAGGCGCGCCACCGCAGUGCUCCCUACAAAGGCUCCAAGGCGAGGAGCUACCGGAAGCCAAAGGACUGCAAGUGCCCCCCGCAGAAGCCACACAAGUCUCGAAGCCGGAGCUCCUCCCGCUCUCGAAGCCGCUCACGGGAGCGGGCAGAUAAUUCCGGGAAAUACAAGAAAAAAAGUCAUUAUUAUAGAGACCAGAGACGGGAGCGUUCGCGGUCUUAUGAGCGAACGGGCCAUCGCUACGAGCGGGACCACCCCGGCCACAGCAGGCAUCGGAGGUGAGGUGCGGGGGUCCUGGAGGGCUGCCCUCCAACCUUUGGCGUGACUGGCCUGUGGCACGACUCUGUUUGUAAAUGGUGGUUGACUCUGGACCUCAUGAUGAAUUGGAGAUGGAGUCGAGAGGUUGGCGAGGUGCCCCUCGGGUCGGCCCGGGUGCGGUGCGCUCCGGCCCGAGGAACAGGGCCCGCCGCGCCUGCAGCCCCGCGGUGCCGAGCCACGGGAGGCUACGUACAUCCCGGUGGUGCGGGUCGGUGCUAAUGACAGGCUGUCUUCACUCCCGUCCCGAUACUCAAUUACGUCAAACCAAGAAAAUGAUUUUUAGAACCUUUGCCUAUAUUAGGUUGUACUUAUGUACAUAUUUUGCAGUGUUUCACAAUGAUAAAAUGGCCUUAAUAGCCCCUUAUUCUCUAUCCACAUUGUAAAUAAACAUGUGUUUAAUACAAGUUAAAGCUAUAUAUGAAAACUCAGAACUUGAAUUCUGUCAGCUUAAAACUUGUGUAGAGAAUCCUGAUUUUUAAAAUGUGACCGUAUGUAGAUCUGUGCUGAAAGCCGUAUAUUUUUAUCUGCGAUGCUGAGUGCGGGCCACCAGCUCCUAAAAAGAGGUUUCCUAUAUAUAUGCAUUUUAUGUGGUUAAAUAAACACAGUUCUCUCUACUCAGGACAUUUGGAACAUAAAA